ACAAUACAUGUCCGCUGUCGGCAGCCACAACCAGCUGAGCUGAAACUCUCUCUCUCUCUCUCUCUCUCUCUCUGUAAAACAGAGUCAAUGCUGGACUGAAAAAGAGUCAAAAUCAAAUAGUCUGUGCCAGUGUCUUCUGUGUGUGCGUGUCUGGUUUGUCAUUGUUGUGAUUCAAGUACAAUGUUGGUCCAAGAUAGUUCAACCCCAAAGUCCCCCAAAACCCAGAACAGAACCCUCCCAACCCUUCACUCCAAUCGCUUCCGUGACCCCAAAAACCUCGAUUUCUCCACAUGGGUAUCCGAAAACCUCUGCAAAAUCCUCACAAUCCUCUUCCUAAUCGCCACCAUCGCCGCCCUCUUCUUCCUCCGAAAUUCCGGCGACACAGCCACACUCCUCUGCCUCCAAUCCGAGCAAUCCAAGCACCUCCAGACCCUGCAACUCCCCCAAAUCAAUUGGAAUUCAAUUCCAACAAUGUCAGAUAAAUCCACCCCCUUCUCGAAUUUCCGAUCCGAGAACUGGAUCAUUGUCUCCGUAUCGAAUUACCCCUCCGAUUCACUGCAGAAUUUGGCGAAGAUCAAAGGGUGGCAAGUUUUGGCAAUUGGGAAUUCCAAGACUCCCAAAGAUUGGAGCCUUAAAGGUACUAUCUAUCUCUCUUUGGAAUCGCAAGCUAAUUUGGGUUUUAGAGUUGCUGAUUACUUGCCUUAUGAUUCAUAUGUUAGAAAAACUAUUGGCUAUUUGUUUGCUAUUCAACAUGGUGCUAAGAAAAUCUUUGAUGCUGAUGAUCGUGGUGAUGUGAUUGAUAAUGAUAUUGGUAAGCAUUUUGAUGUUGAAUUGGUUGGUGAAAGUGCUAGACAAGAGGUUAUAUUGCAAUAUAGUCAUGAAAAUCCUAAUAGAACUGUUGUGAAUCCGUAUAUUCAUUUUGGGCAACGUUCUGUGUGGCCUAGGGGGUUGCCAUUGGAAAAUGUCGGUGAGAUUGGACAUGAGGAGUUUUAUACUGAGGUGUUUGGUGGAAAACAAUUUAUUCAGCAGGGGAUUUCGAAUGGCUUACCGGAUGUGGAUUCAAUUUUCUAUUUUACAAGGAAAUCUGGUUUGGAAACUUUCGACAUUAGGUUUGAUGAGCAUGCCCAGAAAGUGGCAUUGCCUCAAGGUCUAAUGGUGCCAGUUAAUUCUUUCAAUACAAUUUAUCAUUCAUCUGCAUUUUGGGGAUUGAUGCUUCCUGUUUCGGUUAGCACAAUGGCUUCUGAUGUGUUGAGGGGUUAUUGGGCACAAAGGCUUUUGUGGGAAAUUGGUGGGUAUGUUGUUGUUUAUCCUCCUGCGGUUCAUAGGUAUGAUAGAAUUGAAGGAUACCCAUUUUCCGAGGAGAAAGAUCUUCACGUGAAUGUAGGCCGUUUGAUUAAGUUCUUGGUUGCAUGGAGAUCGGGUAAGCAUGCAUUGUUUGAAAAGAUUUUGGAGUUGAGCUAUGCAAUGGCUGAGGAAGGAGUUUGGACUGAGAAAGAUGUGAAGUUUACAGCUGCUUGGCUUCAGGACUUGCUGUCUGUUGGGUACCAGCAGCCAAGGCUAAUGUCAUUUGAGUUAGAUCGACCACGGGCUAACAUUGGACAUGGGGAUUGGAAGGAGUUUGUUCCUCAAAAGCUACCAUCAGUUCAUCUUGGAGUUGAAGAAAUAGGGACGGUAAAUUACGAAAUCAGAAAUUUGAUUCGAUGGAGGAAGAAUUUUGGGAAUGUUGUGCUUAUAUUGUUCUGUAGUGGACCUGUUGAGCGUACUGCUUUGGAAUGGAGAUUGCUCUAUGGCAGGAUAUUUAAAACUGUGAUUAUUUUGUCAGAGCAGAAGGAUGUUGAUCUUGCAGUCGAGGAAGGCCAGCUGGACCAUGUCUACAAGCAUCUGCCAAAACUAUUUGCUAGAUACACAAGUGCAGAAGGAUUCUUAUUCCUCCAGGAUGAUACUAUUCUAAAUUAUUGGAACUUGUUGCAAGCAGACAAGCUUAAGCUCUGGAUCACAGACAAGGUAUCCAAGUCUUGGACUACUGUAACGAUUGAUGGCAACUCAGAUUGGUUUAUAAAGCAAGCAGACAUGGUGAAGAAAGUUGUUACUACAAUGCCAGUUCACUUGCAAGUCAAUUACAAGGAAUCUGUAAAAAAUGACCAGAGCCUUACGAUAUGUAAUUCUGAGGUAUUCUACAUUCCUCGGCGAUUUGUAGCCGACUUUAGCGAUCUUGUAAAUCUAGUGGGUGAUCUAGAUAUCCAUCACAAGGUUGCAAUUCCAAUGUUCUUUGUGGCAAUGGACUUACCUCAGAAUUUUGACUCAGUCUUCAAUACAAUGAUAUAUAAGCAGAAACCACCUACUAAUUCUUCAACAUUCUAUUCUGCUGAAGUACCUGCAGUUCAUCCUUGGAAUGUGUCGAGCGAGCAGGAUUUCAUAAAGCUGAUUAGAAUAAUGGCAGCCGGUGAUCCCCUGCUAAUGGAGUUAGUGUGAAGGCAAAAACAACUAUUUGACAGAAAAACAUGUACCACACGUCACCAUCAAAUUCUGCAUUUUUUGUACCAUUCUUUUGGAAGGGGAAGGGGGUCCUUUGUAGAUUUCUGUUGUAUGAUUGUUACUGGUGGGGAAUUUUCUUCCACAAAAACCAAAUGUGUAGUAGGAGAAUAAAAUUUGUGCCGU